CUGGAUGCCAACCGCCGUAAAACAAGAAGAAGAAGAAGAAGAAGAAGAAGAAGAAGAAGAAGAAGAAGAAGAAGAAGAAGAAGAAGAAGAAGAAGAAGAAGAAGAAGAAGAAGAAGAAGAAGAAGAAGAAGAAGAAGAAGAAGAAGAAGAAGAAGAAGAAGAAGAAGAAGAAGAAGAAGAAGAAGAAGAAGAAGAAGAAGAAGAAGAAGAAGACGCACUAAACCCUCUCCGGUCCGGUCGUACCGGAGCAGUUAGUUUCCUUUCCCGGAUCCGUUUUGUGUUGAACCCGGUGAAGAGUGGAACGUGUGUCCGCCGACAGAAGCAGCUUAAAGUCUGUGAGGUUGAGUUUGAGCAGCACCGACGUGGAUUUGUGCCGGAAACAGGUGAAGACGGACUGCGAGCUACCAGUGAGCCGCUUCCAGCAAACACAGUCCGUCCGAUUCGAGGUCUUCUCCGGCAUCUGGAGGGACAUGAACUUGUCACAUCGUCUGGUGAUUGGCAGGAGGAGGAGAGUCUGACGGAGGAGCAGAGGAACGUUGUCAGCCAUUCUGUGUGAGCUCAACAACGGAGGAAACAUGGAUUCUUCACGAAAAAGCAACACAGAUGGACAAAACUCUCAGACUUGUCAGCACUCUGCCAAUGGUGAACAGUGCUGUUGUGACCAGUGUGGACCAACGUCCAACCAACAAGGAACCCUGCAAUGACACCAGCAUAUGCAUAAUGGACACAAACGGAACCCCUGCCAAGAAGAUUUCCCCAUGCUGGGGUCAGUAAAAGUUCAUGACAUCUCCCACAAAGUUAAAGUCCUUGAGAUCUGCCCUUGCUCCUUGAAGGAGGUGGUCGCACUUUUCUUCUCUCUGUCUCUCUCUGUGCUCUUUCUCCCCCAAACCCUUAUGUUUUCUGCUUGCUGCAUACUUUGUCUCAUCUCGUCCGUCUGUCUUGACGUGAUCUAUUGGCACUGGACCUUCGAAACACCGAUCAUGGAGUUCAUUAGCUGGUCUCUCAACGCGAUUGACAAGAUUGUCGGGACAAAGAGCAUGGGUUUAGGGGAACCCACCUGCCCAGAUGGGAGUUUUGCCUCGGGCUAUGCGAUCGAUUCGUGGGGGAAGUGGCGCGGGAUCAUAUGUCUGGCACCCCUAUCUGUGGAGGACGUUGAAGAUGUCUACAUAUUUGGAUUUUUGAUGACAGGUCUGCUGACAAUUGGAUUGAUUGCGGGCCUGAGCUUCUGGAAGAUUAGGAGGACCACAGAGAAAAAUGAUGUCCAAACUCUGCUGACCCCUGCAAACGAACGGAUCAAGGCUGCCGGUGAUUGGAUUGAUGAACUCAAACAUAAGAGACAAUUUGCUUGCUGUGACUGUUGAUUUGAGUCACAGAGUGGAUGCCAUCAGGAUGCGUUUAGCCACAGCUGACGUCUGACAGUUGAGAGCGACCAGAGGGAGAGGGAAAAUGUUCCUCUACUUCGACUAAACAAAAGGAUACUGAUAACAAUUCGGCGCCCCUGGAAUAAUAACAAACUGCUCUGGAAGCUUCCAUGGCCAAGGGAUUGCUUUCCUAAACACCCCCCCCCCCCCCCCCCCAACGACACCUGUUGACUUCUGUCUGGCCCAUCCGAGGACGUCUCCAUGGCAUCCUGCCGUGUUAUCGCUUCCACCCGAACUGAGACAUCGGGGGAUCUGGGACGGAAGGAGACUGGCUAAUGCUCACACACACUCUUGGACUCACAUUCGCACACACAAGCCCAUUCCACCCAUCCAAGGCCGCCACCAGCAGCUUCCCAACAGCAAUGCACAGGGGGUUGGAAUCCCAUGCAUGCAGCGCGCCGCCCAUGGCGCAGCAGCUGUAUGAGUGACUGACGACUGAGCUGAGCUCCCCGUCCCAUUACGCUUCACCCUUACCCCAGUUAACCUUGUCUAGUGUUAUGCUUUGUCUGUUGCGGGUUUGUUUUUUUCAGAUUCCUUCUCAAAUUGAAUUUUCCCAACCUUGGAGGCUUCAUUUUGUUUAAUGAACCUUUUUUUCAUUUUACCCUCGGCCACCCUCACCAAAUGUCUCUUCUUUUAUUUUUUUUAUUUAUUUUUUCCAUUUCCUCAUGACAGGUGGCGUGCAGACAGCGCAGCAGCCAGCGCUGCCAUUGGCAGGGCAGCUCAAAUGUAAUUUCGUUGUAUACUAAAGUGUGCAAUGACAAUAAAUUCUCUGAUUCUGAUUCUGAUCAAACUCCACAGAAUUCACAUUUAAUCUUUGUUUAUUGUCUUUGUUAAUGUUGCACUCGAUGAGUCAUCAUUCUGAAAUAUUUCCUUAAUUUCUUCUACAAAAUAAAGGAUCAGCAAGUAUAGUUCCUAUAAGGAGCUGUUGCCCGCUUGGAAGUGUUUUCACAUAUCAUUGCUUUUAAACUUUAAAUCAAUGACCAAGGGAGAAACAAGUGAAGGAGGCCACCAAGACACCUAUGUGUCAUUCCAGGUGAAAUGACCAGAUAUUCCUUGGGGGUAUUGCUGCACCAUUUUCAAAUUAGUCCUAAAUUUGCAUGCCAUUAGAUAGUCACAAAAGUACUUUCUAUGCAAAAUUGUAGGCCUGUAGCUCAAAUAGUUUCUGAGUUGUGGGGGUCUGAAAUUUUCAGAAUUUGGGCUAGAAAAAGCCUUGCCAGGGUUUUUUGCAUCUUUAAGUGGUUAUUUCUCAGACUCUAGACGUACCAGAGAGCUGUGAGUUGGUAAACAAGGCCUCUGCAUGUAGCUAGUGCCCCACAAACAUCCCCAGGUGUUUCCCUACACUCUGCAGGUCAUGGGGGCUUGCUAAAAAUGCUAAAAAUGAUGAGAUACCUACUCACGAGUGGGGUUUGGGACCUUAAAAGUACUAGAAAUACUGCACAGAAGUGUUCUAACAACUCUGGGUUCCAUUCUACACAAACUUGUGUGAUAACUUGGCAAACUGGAGCUUUCUAGGUACCUCAGUUUGGAAAAUAUGAGCUCCCAAAGUUGGACGAGAUUUUUAAUUGGCUAUUUUUGGUGGCAAAAAUCUCAGUGUGGGACAGGUACCAGAGACCCCAAAUUUUUCUACAAGACAGUUCUUCUAUCACUGUACAAAAAAGCAGCAGGAUUUGUAGUUACUGAGAUAUUCUUACUCAAAAUGGCAUGGGUAAUGUCAAAAUCGUAUUUUGCUUUUCAGUACUUUAAAUUGGGAUACAAGUAUUAGUAGUCAUUCCAAUGGUAGUAUUAUGUAUGUUUUGUUCUUUUUGAAAUGUUAGUUGUUAAAGGUGACUACCUUCAAAAAGUGUAAUGGUAUAAGUUAGGUAUAGGUUCUUUUGCUUGUAACAUGACAUUGUACAAUUAAAUUUAACAUGUUUAAUCCCACUGUAAAAUUCAACAUUGUUGCUGUUAUUUUUAAAUUAAUCAACCGUGAACUACUUCAGAGCUCCCUGAAUUCAAGUUAGUACAUGUAAUUUGUAUGUGUAUGUUAUAAUUCUUCCUCCGCCCUUCCAGUUUCCCCUGUGGGCCCUUCCAGUUUCCCCUGUGGGCCCCUGGCUGCCCUUGGUAGCCGUGGGUUCUCGCCCCGGCUGGCUCCGUAGGGCGCCAGGAGGCGCCCAUUGAGGGGGGGUACUGUCAGGGCUCCCUCCUCACCCCCGUCCUUCCCACCUGACAUCCCCAAAUACCCCUUUUCCCCAUCUGUUUCCUCCCUUUCAUGCUUCUCUCCCCCUCUCCUGUUCCUCUGCCCUGCCUGUCUUGCCUGUCUCCCAUCUGCUCCUCUGCCCUGUUUCUCCCCCUGCAGCUCGGUGCCUGAGUGGAGUCGAGCUUCUCAGCUGACUCCACUCAGGCAAUCAACCACCUCCACGGCUCCCGGGCAGCUGGCAAUCAUCAUACUAAUGACUCACCUCUACAAUAAGUACCGGCUCAGCCUUCCACUCCCUGCCAGAGUAUUGAACAAGAACCACUCAUUCAGCUGUCUGGGAUCUCCCGCCAUCCUUCUUCCCCUCCGGCUCUCCCCGACAAGUCCUCACCGGUUUCCCCUGCCUGGACCCCCCCACUCCUGCCUGGACCCCCACUCCUGCACCCUGGUUUUCCCCCACCUUGCCACCAUUUUCACCCCAAACAAUAAAUCACUUUCAUUCAGCCAGCCUUGGUAGUGUGGCUCUCUGCUCGGGUCCACCAGCUCGCCGUAACAUGGAAUUUCUACUGCUAUUUCUUAUCAUGACAUUAAUUCAGAAUCUGUGUAACAGGGUCCAUGGUGCAGCAGUGGUUUUGGGUGAAAUUUAUCUGUGAUUUAGUAUUAGGAAUCUAUAGUAUACCAUAUAUGUUUGACUUUGUUUUAUUUUUGUCUGUAGUCACUUCAUUGGAUGCUGAUUUGUGCUGGAGAUGUAGUGUGGCCAAGCAGUGCAUCACAGGGACACUUUGGUAAUUGAAAGUAACAAAAUUGUAAAAGAAACUAAUUGGUAGAUGUGUAAUCCAUGUCUGUCAUCACGUCUGGAUUACUGCAACUCGCUUUUUACCUGCCUCAGCAAAGCAUCUCUGGAUCGCCUGCAAGUGGUCCAAAACACCACUGCCAGACUGCUGACCAGGACCCCCAAAAGGUCCCAUGUCACUCCAAUUUUAAUUGCUGUUCACUGGCUCUCCAUUAAAUUUUGGAUACAGUUUAAAGUCCUUGUGGUCACUUACAGAGCUCUGCAUGGUCAGGCACCGGCCUACAUCAGAGAUCUGCUACAGCCUUAUGUCACCAGCAGGUCACUGAGGUCCUCUGAUCAGGGCCUGCUGGUAGUUCCUCGUUCAAGGCUGAAAACUAAAGGAGACUGUAUGUUUGAGCUUGUGGCACCCACUCUGUGGAACUCUCUCCCACCAAAUCUAAGAUCAGCGGACACUGUCAACACUUUUAAAAAGCAGCUAAAGACCCGUCUUUUUAGACUUGCCUUUGUGUGAUUUGUUGUAUGUUUAUCUGUCUUUUUUUUCGAUUUCUGCUUUUACUUUGUGUUUUUAUGCCUUGUUGUUUUUAUGCUUUUGUAAAGCACCUUGUGACUUUUAUGCUCUAGAAAGGUGCUAUAUAAAUAAAGUUUAUUAUUAUUUAUUAUUAUUAUAAUGUAAAAUAUAUUGUAAAUACACUGCUGGAAAAAAGUUUUUGGACACUCCAUGCAUUUGUGAAAUAUUCCAUAAAGAAUCUAGCCUAGCUGCGCUAGACAACCCAUGGUAAUGAAUUUAAUUCUCUGCCAGGGUGGGUCUAGUUACCCUCCAUAAGGCUCGAGGUUGGAUGCUCCUAAAACUGGCCGGACCAAUCACCAUGAAGUGUAGAGUCAGAAGGUGGGCAUAACUAAGUGACGACAGAGGCGCGACGAUUCUGACAGAAACAACUGGAAACAACUAGCCUAGCUGUGCUAGACAACCUGCGGCAACGAAUUUAAUUUUCUGCCAGGGUCGACAACAAAAACGACAACAGUCGUUGAGCUCCAUUAGCACCGACUCUGAAUAAUCUUUCUGUUAACAUGUCUGUAAUAUACUUGAGCUUCACCCAUUGACUGUAUAAAUAAGGCUUCACUGAACUCCCGCAUCCUCUGAUUUCCGGCGCUCUUGGAGCCUAUUCGUUGCGCUGAUUGGUUGUAUACCUACCCAAUUGCUGCAGAGUGAUUUGAUAGACAACCUUUUAGCCCGCCUCCCUCCCUGUCGAGCGUGCCUAGACCCUUGUGUCUUCAGAACAUGGGUCUAGCGCGGCUAGGCUAUAAAGAAUCAGUCUUAGGUCUUCAAAUGCAAUUUAUUUUAGUACAGUCACAACCGAAAUAUGAAACAAAUCCUACAAAAGCCAUUAAUACUUGCAAUUGAUUGGUUGAAUAAAAAUGCUUAAGAAAUUUUGAGUCGCAUUUUGGUUCCAGUGAUCCACUCAUGCUGGCUGGGAUUUUUAUUUAAAGGCGCAAUUUUUGUUGCCGUGCUUCAUGUCUAUAUAAAUUCAGCACAUUUGAAAGUUCUUCAGAGACAACAAUGGCUAAAACAAGGAACCACAUGCAGGAAACAUGUCUGAAGAUAAAGAUUCUCAGCCAGGAAGUACAGAUGCAGUCCUUCAGCAGUUGGCUACACCCUGCAGGAAUACAGAUCAACCAACAGCUUGAAGACAAACCAAGAUCUGGGUGUCCAAGGAUUUCUUCAGCAAGAAAUGUCCACAUCCUGAUCCAGAUGUGCAGGGAAACCACCAAAUGACACCACAGGAGCUUCAACAGCAGUGGUCAAACCAAACUGGUGUCCAGUGUUCCACCCACACUGUACAUGGCCGACUUUUAGAUUGUGGCUUAAGGUCCGAAAAGGCUGUCUAAGAAGCCCCUGACCAGUGAGAGACAGAGGUUAACCCGGCAUUGUUGGGCACAAACACAAGAAUGGGACAGCCAGGAAAUGGAAGAAGAUUCUGUGGUCAAGUGAGUCCAGUUUCCCGCUUUCUCUUCCUCUUGCUAAUGUGAGGGUACACAGAAGGCCAGAUGAAGCAUUAUCUCCAACAUGUACAGUACCUACUGCAAAACCUCGGACCCAUACUGAGUAUUUACCCCAGUUGCAUCACUCAUUGGUCUGGUCCCUGAGCCCCCUACUAGAGUUGGCAACAUGAGGCUAUGGCAGGCUGUUAGGUUUGGUCCACAGCAGAAGUAUUUGGUGAGGGGGAAGUUGCUGAGUGAUGCUCCGGUGUCACCUGGGAGCACCAGCACUGCAGAGCCCACGUCCUCCCAUGCAAGAGAAACCAUCGUUUACAUCUACAAUAUUGUACAACUUGUCAUAUUGGCUCUGUCAGUUAUAAACAAACAAAACAUUCAUUUUGAUAUUUAAAGUUUUCCACAUAAUUCUUUUCUAUUAUUGUGACCUGAAGCUACAUGUGGUUCAGACAAUAUCUCUAGCUGACUUCUGCAUAAUCAGUUUUUAUGUUAAUAUGAGCUCAAAGAUGGAAGUUUUCAUGACAGCCUCAAUUUUUUUCAUUCUUGAACUCACCCAAGUGGAACAAUAAUUUCUGAUUCUUGGUUCUUCUUGUCCAUUAAUGUAUAUUCUGAAUCAAUGACGUGAUUUGAAAUAUGAGUGCAAGUUUCAGGUUUUUAUCUUUAAUAGUUCCUGAGAUAUUGUUGUUCAAACAGCCUCAAAUUUGAAUGAAUGGAAAAACCUGCAGACACUUUGUUUUUGGGUAUUUAUUAAAUUUUUUUUAACAGAAACGUCUCAAUACAUCAGUGUGUUUUUAUUUCAUAAAUAUCUACAUUUCAUUGUAUCGUAGUUUUCAGGCCAGUCAGAGAUGAUGGAACAGAAAUUAUCCGUUGGAGUCCAGUUUUUUUGUCGUGCAGUGAUCCUUCCUGCGCAUGUGCGGAUCAUUUCGAGCGAGCCCAUUGGAUGACGGAGACGUCGGCUGCUGAUGACGCACUAAACCCUCUCAUGUCGUCCGGUCGCUGUUUUCUGUUUUUCUCUCUGUGAGGUUGAGUUUGAGCAGCAGAAACAUGGACUUUUGCCGGAAACAGGUGAAGACGGACUGCGAGCUGCUGCUCAGCCGCUUCCAGCAAACACAGUCCGUCCGCUUUGAGGUCUUCUCCGGCAUCUGGAGGGACAUGAAGUUCUCACACAUCUUCUGUGGCACUUUAAAGUUUGAGAAGAGACCGUUCAGUCGCCUGGUUCUGGACACGGCCAGCAGCUUCUUCCUGCCGCCGUUCAGCUUCCAGAUCCGAGUGGGAGGACUUUACCUGCUGUACAGUUUGUAUCACAGCCAGCCCUCCUUGCCCUCCGAGCAGAUCCGUCUGGCGCUGAAGGACUGGGAAGAUGUGAAGAAGUUUGAGAAGGACGCCAUGGACGCUCGCCAUCUGGACGCCGUCUACAUCCUCCGACAGCUGAUGUUCUGCAAAGCUUUUCAUUUCACUGCCAUGCCAACACGGCUCGUCUACAGGAAGAGGAGGAAGGCUGAGAGGUCAGCGCUGUGCGAGGAGUUCAUGGAACGAGCGACUCGUCCUCAGGAGCUGAUCAGCGUGGAGCUUCUGGAGGAACUGGGCAACAUUCACAAGCUCUACGAGAAGCUGAAGACGUCCACCUCGUCUACGAUGUCAGAUCAGUCCGUCCAGCUGAUCCGGAAAGACCUCGUCCCUCAGCUUCGUGGUGCCGUCUUGGACUUCUACAAGUGGCAGCACAGGAAGGACGGCGACAGUGAGGAUGAAGACGUCGGUGAGGGAACGUCUUCUCAGCAGGAGUGCUCCAGAAGAGCUGAACUUUUGGCCUCCAUCAAGUCAAAGGCAUACGGGGAAGCAACAGAGGCCUCCAAGUCGAGGCGUCAUCGCCAGGUGGAGAUAGAUCUCACCUGUAAUGAACCAGGCCCCGCCCCCAUGUCAGCGCGACCCAGAGCCGGUAAACCGUCACUCAAAGCCAGAACCAAUGAGAACAUCCGGAUCUCAGGUGACGUUUGGAAAGACGCCGAGGAGACGACGCUGAUCAACCGUCUGGCCAGGCUGGACUCUGAACGCAAAAAGAAAGUGUACAAAAGAUUCAAGUGGUCAUGAAGAAAAUCCAGAAGAAAGAAGCUGUUGUUCAGAAAUUUUACUGAUGUUUUACUGUCAUGUUUUGUUUGAAGCAUUGUUACAUUUUUAACAUUCAUUCAUUUUUGUUUUUUAAAAAACUUUUCCUUGCUACAGAAAAAACCUCAUAAUGACGAUGUUUAACAGGUUAAAUGAAUACGAACAGGUUCCUCGUGAAGCUGAUCUCAGUACAGUUUCCUCGGUGAGAAGUGCUGCAGAUGUUUUAGUCCCCUGAUUGAAUGUUGUUUUUCUAGUUGGUGUUUUUCUCUUUUUCUUGUGACAUUUCAGAUGUGAGAAGAAUCUGGUUUUCCUCUGUAGCCUGUUUGAUCCGUUGUAAAUGUAUGUUUUAUCAUCACAAACACACUAUCCGCACUGUGAAGCAUGGAGGUGGCAGCAAGAUUAAAGGUGUUGUGAAGGCUG